AUGGCGUUACUUAAUCGAAAGCCCCUUGUUGUUAUCACUGGCGCCUCGUCUGGUAUUGGCGAAGCAUGCGCCAAAGCAUUCUACAAUGCUGGACAUCCUCUCUUGCUCAUUGCUCGUCGACUCGAUCGUCUACAUGCUCUGGGUAUGACACAAAAUGUCAUAUGUGCUCAUGUCGAUGUUAUCAACGGAGCUCAACUCAAAGAAGCUAUUGACGACGCCGUCCAAAAAUACGGUCCAGUCGAUUGUUUGAUCAACAAUGCGGGUAUCAUGCUACUGGGCAAGGUGCACACACAAAAUCCAGACGAAUGGCAACGCAUGUUCGACACAAACCUGAUGGGUGUUCUGAAUGGUAUCCAUGCUGUAUUACCAUCAAUGGGUAAGUAG